GGGCCGGGGUCCGCGCAGCCCGGGACGCGCCUGCCCGCACGCCGCCCGCCGCCCGCCCGCCGCGCAGGCAUGGCCCCCAGCACCGUGGCCGUGGAGCUGCUCAGCCCCAAAGAGAAGAACCGACUGCGGAAGCCGGUGGUGGAGAAGAUGCGCCGCGACCGCAUCAACAGCAGCAUCGAGCAGCUGAAGCUGCUGCUGGAGCAGGAGUUCGCGCGGCACCAGCCCAACUCCAAGCUGGAGAAGGCCGACAUCCUGGAGAUGGCCGUGAGCUACCUGAAGCACAGCAAAGCCUUCGCCGCCGCCGCCGGCCCCAAGAGCCUGCACCAGGACUACAGCGAGGGCUACUCGUGGUGCCUGCAGGAGGCCGUGCAGUUCCUGACGCUGCACGCCGCCAGCGACACGCAGACGAAGCUGCUGUGCCACUUCCAGCGGCCCCCGGCCGCGCCCGCCUCCGCCGCGGAGCCCAAAGCGCCCGGCGCCGUCCCCGCGCCCGCGCCCGCCAAGGCCACCGCGCGCCAGCCGGCCUGCGGCCUCUGGCGGCCCUGGUGA